AUGAAAACCCACAAACGCUUAUAUGCAUACUUCAAGCAAAAAAAGGAAACAUCAAUGGAGGGUGUUUUGUCUACGACUGACCAGCAGAGCAUGGUGUCUUCCUUUCUUGAAAUCGCAGUCGGUCAAACAGCCGAUACUGCCCGUCAGUUCCUUCAGGCCACAAGCUGGAAACUUGAGGACGCUAUUCAACUUUUUUAUCUAGGAAAUGAAGGUGGGGCUGCUGCACCAUCUUUCUAUCCUCCAGAGCUGGAAAAUGAUGUACCUCUGCAUGAUUCGAACUUAAGAGGACUCGAAAAGGAUACGGGAGAUCAAAAUGGGAGACAAGUUGAUGGAGAUGAUGUACGUCCUCCUUUACCUGUGAAAAGGGAGGUCCUGUAUGAUAAUACAAUGCUUCAUGACUCGUCAAGAAUGGGAGGUUCGUCACGUGAAACUCAGCUUCAUUCUAUAGAUCCGUUCCGCAAUUUUGAGGAGGAAAUGAAACGCCCUGGAGUGUGGGAAGUGGACCAAGGUUCUUCCUCUGUGACCAAUAGAGUUCCAGAUAAUCUUGCUUCGUUGUAUCGCGAACCAUUUGCUUUAAUGUUCCAUGGGCCCUUCGAAAAGGCAAAAGAUAUUGCAAGAAUGCAGAACAAAUGGCUUGUGGUUAACAUACAGUCCACAAGGGAAUUCAGCUCGCACAUGCUUAACCGUGACACAUGGGCAAAUGAAGCUGUUGCUCAAACCAUCAAAACUAACUUCAUCUUCUGGCAGGUAAAUGAUGAUAAAGAAGAAGGCAGCAAGGUUUGUACCUAUUAUAAAUUAGACUCUAUCCCUGUCAUUCUGAUAAUUGAUCCAAUAACGGGUCAGAAAAUGCGCUCUUGGCUUGGAAUGGUUCAACCAGAAAAUCUUUUGGAGGAUCUCUUGCCAUUCAUGGACAACUGCCCGUCAGAUCAUCACAUCAGUCUGUCUCAUAAACGUCCAAGAGGAAGUUCUCAAGCACCACCUUCUGAUGUUCAAGUUAUGCCUGAUGAAAGCAAUGAAGAAGAAGAUGCAUUUCAGCGAGCAUUGGCAGCUUCUAUGGAAUGCAUUAAGGGAGCUGACGAAGGUGCCCUGAAAGAAGUGGAUGAAACCAUUUCAGAGAAAAAGGAAACAUGCUUAAUGAAGAAGCCUGCUUAUCCACCUUUACCUGAAGAACCCAAGGGUGAUCGAAACCUGCUUUGCAGGGUUGGAGUCCGAUUUCCAGAUGGACGCAGAGUUCAGAGGAACUUCCUUCGCACUGAUCCAAUUCAGUUGCUGUGGUCUUUCUGCUACUCUGAGCUGAAGGAAGCAGAUAUGCGGCCAUUUCGUCUCACACAAGCCAUUCCCGGGGCACCAAAUUCUUUGGACUACAAUAGCAGUUUGACGUUCGAGCAGUCUGAUCUUGCCAACUCAAUGAUUUCAGUUACUUGGGAGUGA